CAUUUAGACUAAUUUUUUUGUCAGCAAAAUCCAACGAUCUGUGGAGGGUGGGAGCAGGACCGCGAACCCUCCUGACCAAUGGGAAGCCAGUUUUUCAUCAGCCAAUCACAUGGCAGCUUAAACUCUGUCCGAAGUUACACAGCCCCGUGGAGCUCCCUGAGACGCUCCCCGGCUCCCGAGCCUGUUGGCCCCUUUUCCAAGAGCCAGCGGCAUGGAGCAGCCCAGAACCCACCCCCUGCCUCGACUGGGGGCGGCCGAGACCCAGGGGUACCUGAGACCGUGACCAGGAGCGACUCGUUUCUCCCCCUAGCCCCUGGCUACGUGCCCCACAGCGACACGCGGGCUAGGUGCUCGUGUUCGGAGAGAGCUGAUCCACAGGCAGGUCCCCACGGGUGACCCGCAGCUAGAGGAGCCCUGGGUCCUGAGACCUGCCCCGACCUCCCUUGGACACAUCCAAGUUUGGAGACGACUCCCACUCCCGCCCGCGCCCCAUCUCCUGGGUCCCAAGGCCACUGCCAGGGCACCUCCGGCUUUGGCACCUUCCCCGUUCUGAGCUGACGCUCCCUCCCUGCCUCAGCGACCCCCGCGCCAGGCCAGCAUGGCGGCCGGCGUGGCUACCUGGCUGCCCUUUGCCCGCGCGGCCGCCGUGGGCUGGCUGCCCUUGGCCAAGAAGCCGAUACCCAAACCGCCCAGCGACAAGCGACCCCGGGGGGAUGAGAUCCUGGUGGUGAACGUGAGCGGCCGGCGGUUCCAGACCUGGCAGAACACGCUGGACCACUACCCGGACACGCUGCUGGGCAGCUCGGAGAAGGAGUUCUUCUAUGACGAGGACAGCCAGGAGUAUUUCUUCGACCGCGACCCGGAGAUCUUCCGCCACGUCUUGAAUUUCUACCGCACUGGCCACCUGCACUACCCCCGGCACGAGUGCAUCCAGGCCUUCGACGAGGAGCUGAGCUUUUACGGCAUCAUCCCGGAGCUGAUCGGCGACUGCUGCCUGGAGGAGUACCGCGACCGCAAGAAGGAGAACGCCGAGCGGCUGGCCGAGGACGAGGAAGCGGAGAGCGCCACCGACCUUUCGCUGCCGCCGGACAGCACCGUCCGGCAGCGGCUGUGGCGGGCCUUCGAGAACCCCCACACCAGCACCGUGGCCUUGGUCUUCUACUACGUCACCGGCUUCUUCAUCGCCGUCUCGGUGAUCGCCAACGUGGUGGAGACCAUCCCCUGCCAGCCGCCGCCCGGCCGGAAGCGCCAGCAGCCCUGCGGCGAGCGCUUCCCCUUGGCCUUCUCCUGCAUGGACACGGCCUGUGUCCUCAUCUUCACCGGCGAGUACCUGCUCCGGCUGUUCGCCGCCCCCAGCCGCUGCCGCUUCCUGCGCAGUGUCAUGAGCAUCAUCGACGUGGUGGCCAUCCUGCCCUACUACAUCGGGCUGCUGAUGCCGGAGAACGAGGACGUCAGCGGGGCCUUCGUCACCCUGCGGGUCUUCCGGGUCUUUCGCAUCUUCAAGUUCUCCCGGCACUCGCAGGGCCUGCGCAUUCUGGGCUACACGCUGAAGAGCUGCGCCUCGGAGCUGGGCUUCCUCCUCUUCUCGCUGACCAUGGCCAUCAUCAUCUUCGCCACCGUCAUGUUCUACGCCGAGAAAGGCACCCGCGGCACCAACUUCACCAGCAUCCCGGCCGCCUUCUGGUACACCAUCGUCACCAUGACCACGCUGGGGUACGGGGACAUGGUUCCCAGCACGAUCGCCGGGAAGAUCUUCGGCUCCAUCUGCUCACUGAGUGGGGUGCUGGUCAUCGCGCUGCCGGUGCCCGUCAUUGUCUCCAACUUUAGCCGCAUCUACCACCAGAACCAGCGGGCGGACAAACGCAGAGCGCAGCAGAAGGUUCGCCUGGCACGGAUCCGUCUGGCGAAGAGCACCACGACCAACGCCUUCCUGCAGUACAAGCGGAACGGGGGCCUCGAGGACCGGGGCAGCACAGCCCAUGCCUUGGCUGUAAGGAAUUGUUCGACAUUCGAGCAGCAGCACCAUCACCUGCUGCACUGCCUGGAGAAGACCACGAGCCAUGAGUUCAUGGACGAGCGCUCGUGCAGCGAGGCCGGGCUGGUGGGCUCGGUGGGCGGCCGGAGCAGCCGCAGCACCUCCUUCUCCUCCCAGCAGGGCGGCGCCACCUCCUGCUGCCCCCGCCGGGGUCCCCCGCGCCGGGCCCUGCGCCCAGUCCCCUCCAUCGCCUCCGUCAGCCGCGCCAGCGCCCAGGAGCUCAACACGCUGCACGGCCACAAGGGGCCCGCCGCCCCCCAGAGCCGCUCCAGCUUGAACGCCAAGGCCCACGAGAACAUGACGAUGACCUACGAUGGGGUGGACCUGACGGCUGCUCUCACCAGCAUCCCCACGCCCCCCGCCAACACCCCCGAGAGCCGCCCCCCCUCGCCCCGUGCCCUGCCCAACUCCAGCCUGCCUGCCCCCCACCUGCCCCACCGCAUGGUCAAGAUCUCCUCCUUGUAAGGGCAGAGCGUGGAGCGGCUGGAGGGGGGGUGCUCCAUCCCCUCCGCCCACCACCAGGGCCCGGACACUGGGCUCCUGCCUGCCCCAGAUGCCUGGGUUCCACAUGCCUAGGGGCAUUGUCUUCCACAAACGCUGGGGUGCCAGCUGCCUGAGGUCCUGGAUUGGUCCGGACGCCUGGGUCCCCCUGCUUCGGUGCAUGUCCUCACCCGGCUGCCUGGGUCCCAGGGCCGUUGUCUUCCACAAACACUGGGGUGGUGGCCACUGCCUGAGGGGCUGGAUUUCUCCCAGCUGCCUGGGUUCCACAGGAGCAUGGCCUGGCCCAGAAACCUGGGUCCCCCCACCCCCGCUUAGGCGCAUGACUUCGCCCGGAUGCCUGGGUCCCGCCGCUGUAGCGACAGUCUUCCACAAACGCUGAGGUGCCACCCGCCGAGGGACACGGCCUUGUCCGGAUGCCAGGGUCCUGCCCCCCCCCCCCGCCCCUCAGCUCCCUGUUCGAAACAAAGCCAUAUCUAGGGGACAGCUAUGCAAGACGGGCAACAGAACUACUUCCAGGGCCGGCCUAGAGGGCAGAAGGAUACGGCACCUGAGUAAAGCCUUUCCCAACCUAACCCCGUGCCCCCGCCCCAGGGCAAUGUGGGCAAGAACACUGGUUAACCCAAAGCCCUUGUAUGUCCUGUGCUGGGAGGGGAGUUGGAUCCUGCCAGCGGAGGGGGCUGGGAGCCCGGACGCCUGGGUUCUCUCCCUGGCUCUGGGAGGGGAGUCAGGGCUGGUGGGUGAGAGCAGAGGGGGCUGGGAGCCAGGACUCUUGAGUUCUCUCCCAGCUCUGGGAGGGGAGUGGGGUCUGGUGGGUUAGAGCAGGCGGGCCUGGGA